GUUUUGUUAUUUAAGGAAGGAGCGAUAUAACCGAGUAUUAUAAGUAAAUCAGUUCUGCUCGGUUAUGUUACGUUAAGCCGUUGUAUGCCGGUCUGUUUCCGAUAUUCUCUUUCAUCUAUCGAGAGACAUAUUUUCUGGCCUGAAAAUGUGAUCCGUGUAACAGAUAUGUCGCUAACAAUGUCGCGUUGUUUGACUUGGACUUUCAUUUUCGCCACUUCCUGAACACCUGAGAAGCUCCUCCUCGAGCUUGGCCUCCGCAUAUAUAUGUAAGACGCAUCAACUUUCGGUUUUGUAGAGAACUACGCACCACAGAAAGCGGGUCGUUAUUUAAGGUUUGAAACCUUCUUGAGAGUCAUGAAAGGCCUCCUGCUCGUCGCCUUCGUCGCCCUGGUCCAGGUGUCAUGGGCUACUUUGCUGAUUAAAGGGCCAACUGGGCCGGUGCUGGAGGGGGAUAACGUCACCAUCGAGUGUCAGUACGUCGACUCCGACCUGAACAUCAGUGACGUUCAUUUCGAGAGCUACUACAAGGGCCUCAGGGACUGGCGCCACAUUUGGGGACUCUCUUGGUGCUGCUACUGCAGACACAUUGAACAGGUGGGCGACAAACUGGUCCUGAGGCUGCCUGACGUUGUGAGGUUCAUGGGCGGACCUUACCACUGCGUGUCAUCCAACCAAAACGUGUCAUCCGCCGACCUCUCUUCCCCGCCACUGGCCUUCAAAGUUCAUUACAUGGACAAGCCGUGGUUGGCCAAAGAGAGCUUCCGAAGGUUCCGUGGAUUCCCGAGAGAGCUGAUAGUGCGGAAAGGAGACGAUGUGAAGAUCAACUGCUCUUCCUACUCAUCGGACGAGCCAGAGUACAGCUGGCAAAAAGAGGACAGUGACUGGAUUCUUCCAUCCUCUCAGCUCCUGCUCAAGAAGGUGGAUGAGUCGGACGCAGGAGAGUACACGUGUCAGGCCAUUCAUCCCACUGUCGACAAACUGAGCAAGAAAAGCAGCUUCGUCCUGGUUGUGCUGCCCGAGGACGCCCCAUGGUAUCAGUCCAGCGAUGGCCGCCUCGUGCUGGUGACCUCGGGUGGCGCCGUGCUUCUUCUGGUGAUUCUGUCUGUCAUCAGCGUGGUUGUGUGCCGCAGGGUCAAGAAAGCCAAAACCAGCAAGGGGCCCAUCGAUGAUGGGUCUCUGAAGAAACCAAUCUACAAAAACAGUUUGACGUCCAUCCCCUCCACCUGUGGCGACAAAGAACCUCUGGUGUGAAGGUGAAGGAGGAGGGAAGCCAGUCUGGGAAAGAGGGGUUUGCUUUGUAGUGGGAGUGCUUCUGUAAGAUGGCCGCUCAGAGAGGGGGGCAAUUAUGACAGUUGCAAUUGCAGAAUAUAAUAAAAACAUAUGGGGAUUGCUUUAUUGCUACAAGCGCUGGUUAUUGCUAGUUGUCCAAAUUGCUGUGCAAUAGCACAAAGCAUGAGAUGUUUUCCGAUUAAUGUUUAGGCAAUGAGUUUUGCAUAUUCAGUGUCAGCACGCUUUAUUUUUUUUUCUUAAAGGUAAUUUUGUUAGUUGAGGAAAAAAAAUGGUGAUUGAUAAAAGCAUUGUGUCUUUCGAGAGCUUUUAAGAUUGUAGAGCAUUGGCACCUUAUAAUUUAUUCUGUUCCUUGUGUAUCAGGGAUUUUAAUAAAGGGGUGAUGGGCAAAA